GCCGCCGCCGCCGCCGCCGCCGCUCGCUCCGGCCCCGCGCCCGCUCCCGCCCGGCCCCGGCCCCGCUCCCGGCCCCGCUCCCGCCCGGUCCCGCUCCGUCCCGACCCGCCCCGGCCCCGGUGCCGCCAUGACGCUCCUCGCCGCCGGCAGCCGGGCGGCCGCGCGCCUCCGCGGGCCCAAGAAUGCACCGUGCGUCCUCUUCGCCGCCCGUCACGCCAGCGCCGCCACGAACCUGAAAGAUGUCCUUGCCAGCAUGAUCCCCAAGGAGCAGGCAAAAGUCAAGAGCUUCAGGCAGCAGCAUGGCAGCACGGCCAUCGGGCAGAUCACGGUGGACAUGUUGUACGGCGGGAUGAGGGGCAUGAAGGGCCUGAUAUACGAGACCUCCGUGCUGGAUCCCGAUGAGGGCAUCCGCUUCCGUGGCUACAGCAUCCCCGAGUGCCAGAAGCUGCUGCCCAAAGCCGCAGGGGGAGAGGAGCCGCUGCCCGAGGGGCUCUUCUGGCUGCUGGUUACCGGAGAGGUGCCCACCCAGGAGCAGGCGAGCUGGCUCUCCCGCGAGUGGGCCCGGCGUGCCGCGCUGCCCUCCCACGUGGUGACCAUGCUGGACAACUUCCCCACCAACCUGCACCCCAUGUCCCAGCUGAGCGCCGCCAUCACCGCCCUCAACAGCGAGAGCAAGUUUGCUCGCGCCUACGCUGAGGGCAUCCACCGCGUCAAGUACUGGGAGUUUGUCUAUGAGGACGCCAUGGACCUGAUCGCCAAGCUGCCUUGCGUCGCCGCAAAGAUCUACCGCAACCUGUACCGUGAGGGCAGCAGCAUCGGGGCCAUCGACCCCAACCUCGACUGGUCCCACAACUUCACCAACAUGCUGGGCUACACCGACCCCCAGUUCAUCGAGCUGAUGCGGCUCUACCUCACCAUCCACAGUGACCAUGAGGGGGGAAACGUGAGCGCCCACACCAGCCACCUGGUCGGCAGCGCCCUCUCCGACCCGUACCUCGCCUUCGCCGCCGCCAUGAACGGGCUGGCCGGGCCCCUGCACGGCCUUGCCAACCAGGAGGUGCUGCUCUGGCUGACCAACCUGCAGAAGGAGCUGGGCCAGGAGGUGUCGGAUGAGAAGCUGCGGGAUUUCAUCUGGAACACGCUCAACUCGGGCAGGGUGGUGCCGGGCUACGGGCACGCGGUGCUGCGGAAGACGGACCCCCGCUACACCUGCCAGCGGGAGUUCGCCCUCAAGCACCUGCCCAAGGACCCCAUGUUCAAGCUGGUGGCUCAGCUCUACAAGAUCGUCCCCAACGUGCUGCUGGAGCAGGGCAAGGCUAAGAACCCCUGGCCCAACGUGGACGCCCACAGCGGGGUGCUGCUGCAGUAUUACGGGAUGAAGGAGAUGAACUACUACACGGUGCUUUUCGGGGUCUCCCGGGCCCUGGGCGUCCUCUCGCAGCUCAUCUGGAGCCGGGCGCUGGGCUUCCCCCUGGAGAGACCCAAGUCCAUGAGCACGAAGGGCCUCAUGCAGCUCGUGGGCUACAAAUCUGGGUAAAGAAGGGACGGGGACAGGGCCGUGGCUCGCUGCUCCCCAGGGAACGCUGCGCUGCCGUGCCGGGCCCUGGACGGACUCGGCACUGAACCCCCCCCUCGGGCAUCGGCCGUGGGUCUCCUGUGGUGCGAGCGGAGCCCCCCCCUGCCGCUCCUCUUCCCUCCCUGCUACCCUGGGAGGGGGCAGAGGCAGCCCUGGGGUCUGCUCUACCACACGCCCCCGCUCCCUGCCCCCUGCCUAGGCUGUUCCCACCCCAGAGCCCCCUCCCCAGCUCUGCCCCGGCAAGGCGGGGGGGCUCCUGCGCCCUCACCCUGCCCCAGCAGCACCGCACACACUGGGAGCCCCCCAGCUCCUCUGCUGCUGGGCUUGGGGGGCAGCACUGGCGAGGCUGUGGGGGGCACAUUUCCCCCCCCCCCACCACAGCCACCCCUCCACCCCCCCCCCCGAGAGGGGUUCAGUCCAGACUCGUGUCCAGGCCCCCCCCCGUGGGGCAGCAGACGAAGAACGAAUGUCUCAGCCCCCCCCCCCCCAAGCAGGGACUCGAUACACUCCUCCCCAGCCCACGCCCUGUGUUUGUGUGAACCCCCCCUGUCCGAUGCCCCCGGCAGCCGGAGCUGGCCCCCCCCCACGUGCCAGCCCCGGACACUCGCAGGUAUUGGGCACUUCUGUACAAACAACGACAAAAUGCAAAAUAAAUGUUUUUAUUAACAAA